CCAGAUCAGAAAAUAUCCGGUAUUUUUUUAUUGGAAAUUAUACCCAGAUCAGAAAAUACUGGGUAUUUUCUGUGAUCAAGUGGGUAGCUUCUGUGAUCAAUGUGAAAUUAUCUGAAAAUCAGACCAACUGGUAUUAGACUAUCAGAAUAUUCCCAGUAUUUUCUUAUUGGAAAUUAUACCCAGAUCAGAAUAUUCCCAGUAUUUUCUGAUUGGAAAUUAUACCCAGAUCAGAAAAUAUCCAGUAUUUUCUGAUUGGAAAUCAUACCCAGAUCAGAAAAUAUCUGGUAUUUUUUUAUUGGAAAUUAUACCCAGAUCAGAAAAUACCCAGUAUUUUCUGAUUGGAAAUUAUACCCAGAUCAGAAAUACCUGGUGUUUUGUCAGCUUACUAAUAAACUAAAUAAAUAAACUAAAUUUAUUGUUGUAUAUCUGAAAUAAUUGUGUGUUACAUGUAAAUUAGUAGAAAUUUUUCAAAAUUGUAAGUUGUAAUGUAACAACUUUGCAUAACACUGUAGGAAGAACGUGAACAAAAUUACAUUUACCAGACUACCCAAGGGUGAAAAAAAUGAACAUAAAGAUACAAAUCUGUUUUAACUUGCAAAGAAUUUUGGAAGGGUUACAUCAACAUGUCUCCACAAUAAAAAUAUCUUGACAAAAAUGAUUUAUGCAAAAUUUGUAUAUAUCUUUAGAGUGGCAAUUAGAAGCUCAAAUAUGGAACCAUCAAAGCGUAAAGGUCUUUGUUCUAAGAUAGGCACACCCCCCCACCCCCAUCUCCAUUUGCCCCGACUGCAACCCUGAGCACCAAUAUUGAAAUAGCUGUAUUAGUCAUUAGUUCUGCCUUAGUUCAACCACCUAUACAGGUGUAAAUAUAAUACAGUCUGUGAUCAUAGAUCAUGUGGCAGAGGGGCGUACAGUACUUGCUUGGGAAUCAAAUAACAUAAAAACAUAAUUGUUGGUGAAGCAGAUGCUUUUCUCUUCAGGCUGGCAUAUUACUGACCUACUAGUGGAUUUUUUGGAAGGGGGCUGCAGCCAGCCAGCCACCUGUAAAAAUUUCACCAAAGUAUCUAUAUCUUUACAUCAUAGUUUUCAUUGGAUUUCCCUUAGAAUUACAAGAUGACUGUCAUUGUAUUCUUUUAUUUAUUUAUUCAUUAUCUUUGACAAAAAUUCCAUAAUUUAUUUUAGCUGCUCACUUUGCUGGCUUUCCAAUUUAAAAAAAAGUUUUUUUUUAAUCUGAAUUCAACCACAUCCAGAUUUAGCCACAUUAUGACCUUGCAUCAAAGUCCAUGAUUUGGACAUCCCUGUUACAAAUUAGACCGACUCUUGUGAUAUGAAUAACCCUCUUUCAAUUAUCCAUUGUAGAGGAAAAGAUUUUGGACUUUGUUUCUCUUUUCUCCAUUAGCACUUUAAUAUCUAGGAAUGGAAUUCCAGAUCUUUCUUUCAUCUUGCCCUCUUUGUUUCAUUCUUAUAUACCACAGAGCUAUGUGAAGUGUCAAAGGUCCCUGAGUCACCAGACAUCAAGAUGUCAGACAGUGACGGAGACGUUGUGGUUGCCGAGGAGGCAACCCCUGAGAGCCUUGUUGAUCAAUCCAAUUCUCAUCACUCAAACAACCCCAAUACCAGUACUACCCAAUCCUGCCAGUCCAUUCAAGAAAAUGGCGCCCUCUCAGUUGAGAGAACAGACAAUCAGGGUUCCUCUUCAGCUGCUGCUGAUGUCACAUCAAUCAGUCACAGUGCUGAAGUCAAUAAACAAAGUACUACUCACGUGUCUACAGGGACAGUUAGGAAUAUCCAUGACUCAAAUGGUGAUGGUACCCUAGCGCAGGGAGCUGGAUCUUCUCCUUGUCAAAGCAGUACCAUCAGUUCUACACCUUGUGCAACCAUCUGUGCCGAAAACAGUACCGCACCUUCUGCAGGGUUAGUCGCUUCUGCAGCAGGGAGACCUUAUAGUACUUCUACACCUCUGGCAGCUGGAGGCCAGAGGUAUCCGAGCCAGCUCACAAGGAAUUAUAAUCAGGAUAGGGAACAUUUUGAACGAGAAGAAGAGGAGGAGAAUUGGGAGGAGGUUGCUGAAGGGAUGGGUAACGUUGCAGGAUCCAUCCUGGGCUACUCGCCUCUGGUCUUUGAAAACAAUGAGGAAGGAGGGGAUGAACAAUUAGAUGAACUCUAUGUGCCUAUCAGUGGAUACGAGGUCAUGGAACAAAGGGCGAAGUUCACUGUGAGUAUUAAAUUCAAUUUAUGCAGAGACAUCAGUAGGAACUCCUACUUUUUCCCAAAUAAUUUUGGCCAUUAA